AUGCAAUAUCCGGGUUCGAUAGGUUCGAACCGUUCAAUUGGUUCCAUUUUGAAUUAUGUUAUUCCUCGUACCUCUAGGAUCCUGAACUUUGGAUCGAAAAUCGGAGGUUGUGGCCUAAUGGGCCCGGUUGACCAAUAUGGAAAGUUUGACCACUCGGUUGACCGUGAGUCUUCCGAGGUACUCAGGCUCUACGUACUCAACAGGCAAGACCCUCACUGGGUCAAGCAGCUUUGGACUCUUAAUUGCACCAUGAUAUGUGCCACCCCUUGGAUACUGAUACUUGGAUACGAAUGUUACCCAUACUUGCGAUGUGUUGUUGGCGUGUGGGAGGAUACUGGACACGCUUGGCGGGGUGUGCUGUAG